AUGGAAGAAACACAAAAAGGAACGCGCAUAGGGCCGCUGCCUGGGGGUCGCCGGGGCGCGUCUGGAGCUGGCGCUGGACGCGGCAGCAUGCGGGCCGCCAGCCGAGCGCGAGGAGCUGCACGAUCACCUAGCAGCCCCUCGCAUCCAUCAUCCCCACCAGAAGGCUUGGUGUCGGCUGGGUCUUCUCGGACCCAGCAAGCGGCACCCGCCGCUGGUGGAGCACGUCGCAUGCGUUGGACAAAAUCCAUGAACGAAAACGCAUUGCGGGCGUACUAUAGGGCGAAAGGGAAAGAAACUGUGGGAAUAGCGUAUAGGUCUCGGAUGCAUUGCUUUUUUGCUGAGCUGGAGCCGUCUAUCCCCGUCACGGAACAAAACCUGGCAGACCGAGUUCGGUACAUCAUGCGCUCGAAAAUAUUUGAUGGUGCCGAACUCGAACGACUACGACGUGAGGCUAUUCCGUCGUCGAAUGAAUCGGCUAUGGCUGGAGAUGCAGCUCCACAUUCGACAGACCAGCAUCCACACGUGGAAGCCGCCAUGGAUCUUCCAGUUGUGGUUGAUUCGAACGACGAUGAAAUAGUCUCCCACGAACUAGAGCAAAUGAGGAGUAUAUUGGAAGAGGCGAUUUUGGAAACGCGCAGCACCCCUCUCGAAAAUCGACCGCGACUUCCCCCGCAUACCCUUAAGCAAGCGAAAUCGGGCUGUCGUGAGGGCUCUUAA